AUGGCUUCAAAUGAUCCAGAAGAUGUUUCGACUCUGCGGAAAAGGAAACGAAGAGUUCCGGAAAAUGGUCCCUACGUACUACGCAGCCUGAUCGAGGACCUGCCUUUGUCUGCAGAUGGAGAUAGGACGGAUAUUGAGAUUAAUUGUGUGGAAUUUCUAGAUCAGAACCUAUAUAUUGGGACUUCGGCCUCUGAAAUCCUUCAUUUCGUACAGAUCCCCUCCGAUCCUGCCGACACCUCAGGAAAGCCAUCAUAUAUUCUAGCCUCGAGACUACCUCCCGCUUAUCAUGAGCCAUCUACUCGAGAUAGGCCUGGUGUUCAACAGAUUUUACUGCUUCCGAGAGUCAAUAAAGCUUGCAUAUUGUGCAACUGGACAGUCACCUUCUAUUCCCUGCCAGAAUUAAGUCCAGUAUUUGGGACAACGCAGAUUCGGCCUUGCAACUGGAUUGGCGGCACAGAUUUGAAUACGGAUCCAAUAAACGCUGAGCAAGAUGGCAGAGGAGUUACUGUACUUGUUUCGCUGAAUAAGAAGAUGAGAGUUGUGAGAAUUGGGGAAGAUCCUCGAGCUACAAUAGAUUUUGCAGGAAGCACUAUAUCCAUCCGCCGUGAUUCAUUUGCUUGUGUUGCAGAUUCUAGGUCUUACGCUUUACUCGAUGUUGAUCGUCAAUUAAAAAUACCCCUCUUUCCUAUAUCAACCUCGGAUGAUUCCCAGUCUGGUAGUGUGGGUGGGCGGGUCGAGGAUAUAUCUGGUAAGAGCGGUGGGGGGGUUUCACGCAACUCAUCAUUGACUCUUACGGGCCCAUCAGAUGAACGGAGUCAUGGAAGAAGUACAAGUCAUGGUGCUUUCAGAGCCGGUCCGCGACGAGACAGUCUACGAGCUGCAAGCGGGGAUCGUUCUGGGCGAGGUACUCCCGACCGCUUGUUUCGAGACGCCUCGCCUGUCCCUGCAGUCAGUUCGUCGGGGCCUGUGCAGCGUGAGCCCAGUCCAGAGAAACCCUUACCACCUCCACCAGCUGAUUUCUCGGUGGCCGGCGCUCAAGCUCCUACAUCUCCCAUGCCGUCUGUAUACUUGAAGCCCCACAUAGUAUCGCCUUCCCCGCAGGAGUUUCUUCUGGUCACAGGGACUGGUAUACGUGAUCAUGGAGUUGGCAUGUUCGUAAAUCUUGAGGGUGACGUUACUAGAUCAACAUUAGACUUUGCCAGGUAUCCUGACGAGGUUGUUGUUGAUGGGCGUGGUGUUAAUGUCGACCCCGUCCCUAAUACAAUGGAAGAGGAGGAAGGAUAUGUGCUUGCUUCCAUGACAUUUGAAGAUGGUGAUAUACUGCGGCAUGGUAUCGAAAUUCAACGGUGGGACCUUGAUCCUGGGGAGGAUGCGAUACAAAAGUUCUGGCUGGAAGCUCCACCAUUGGAUGAAGCGAGUGGUAAUGGAGGAGAAAGUAAGAUUGGACUAAGAACGGUAAUUCAGCCCGGGGAUGUUUAUUUUGACGACGUGGUCGACAUACUUCGGCUAAAGCGCUUUCAACCUUUUGCAUUGAAAUCUUUGAACACAUCCACACUAUCUCUGCGAAGUGCGGAUUCUCCAACUGCAAUGUCACUACAAAGAGUUUCGGGCGAGAGAGAGCUAUUCGAAGAAUCGCUCUCGCCAGGCUGGGAAGCCCGUCGUAACGAUGAAGAGCAACAAUUCGCGCAAAGAUUGGGGAAAUCAAAAUCACGUGUGGUUACUUGGUCUGGAAAGAACGUAUGGUGGACAGUCCGAAACCCACUCGCUCUACGCCUUGAUGCGGAACUUGGCAUGGAGACCGGGGAUGAAGAAGUGCCAUCUCUUGAUAGAAGGAAAGCCAUUGAAUUGAUGAAUUCUCUACGCGGCCGUGAAGCCAAAACCGAGACUGAAUUUAUUAGCUUGGGCUAUAUCCGACAGAAAAUUGGGUUGCUCAUUUUCAUAAGCCUAUUGACGACUCCAGCCGGUCAGGCUACAGAGGCUGAAUAUGGAGCUGCCGAAGAGGCUCUUUCGGAGGGAAGCCUUGAUCCCAGAGUUAUUCUUGCUAUUGUUCCCGUCCUACGACACGAGAUCAUUGAAGGAAAGACAGGAAUCUGGAUUCACGGUGGCGUGAAGGAUGCUGCAGACAACUUCAUAACCAAUGGAAUUUCGGAUGUUCAAAGCUCAAAGAAUCAGAGCAUAAUGUCUGAGCAGGUUCUUCGAUUUCUGAGAAGAUUCCUGCUAUCGUGGCGUCGAAGAAAAGGAUUCGGCAGCAUUUCAAAUGAGACCGAGGUCUUCAAAAGCGUCGAUGCUGCUCUCCUGAUUGUACUACUACAAUUAGAUGCAUCGUCUCCUCGUGGGCCAGCGAGAGUUAAGUCUGUACGAGCAGAACUGAACAACCUAGUGGACAACGGUGUUGAUUGCUUCGAACGAGCAAUCUCACUGCUUCAGUCUCAUAAUCGCCUAUAUGUUCUCAGUCGUUUGUACCAAAGCAGAAAGAUGACUGAAGAAGUAUUAAGCACAUGGAAAAGGAUUAUUGAAGGAGAAGAAGAUGAAGGGGGUGAGCUCCUAGAUGGUGAAAAUGAGGUACGGAGGUAUCUGAUCAAUGUUCGAAAUCCUGCUCUUGUGCGAGAAUAUGGUGUUUGGUUGGCAUCAAGAAAUCCCAAACUUGGGGUUCAAGUCUUUGCCGACGGGCAAAGUCGAGUCAAGUUUGAACCAACGCAAGCUCUCGAAAUAUUACGAGAGGGAGCGCCUGGUGCGGUGAAAGAUUUCCUCGAGUAUUUGGUCUUUACAAAGCAUCAUUCCGAGUACAUAAAUGAACUCAUUGCAUACUAUCUCGACAUCGUCACCACCAAACUCGAAGAGUCUCCCGAAGUCCGAGCAGUCCUUAUCCAAACCUACGAAUCCUACCGGGCCCUCCGACCCCCCAAACCCACUUACCGCCAAUUCAUCACCGAGAAUACCCUCGACGAAGAAUGGUGGCACAGUCGUCUCCGACUUCUGCAACUCCUCGGCGGCAGCCAAGGAUCCGCAUCCCAAUACGACGUCGCCGCCAUCCUGGCCCGCAUCGCCCCUUACACGCACGAACUCGUACCCGAAAUCAUCAUCCUCGACGGUCGGCAAUCGCUCCACGAAGAAGCGUUGCGUCUCCUGACCCACGGGCUCGGCGACUACGACACCGCCAUCAACUACUGUCUGCUCGGCGGCUCCAGCAUCUACCACCCCAUCUCCGGCACGCUAUCCCCAGCAACCCUACCCACGCGCUCCGAACAAGCAGCGCUGUUUCACUCCCUACUCACCGAGUUCCUCAAAAUAGACGAUGUGAGUAAUCGGGUAGAACAAACGAGUUCACUGCUGGAGCGCUUCGGAGGUUGGUUUGAUGUGGGGGAUGUGUUGGGGAUGAUCCCCGAUACGUGGAGUGUGGAGUUGGUGAGUGCGUUUUUGGUGAGUGCGUUGAGGAGGAUUGUGAGGGAGAGGAGUGAAACGAUGAUUGUGAAGGCGAUGAGUGGUGCGGAUAAUUUGAAGGCGAGUGUGGUGUUGGUGGAUAGGGUGAGGGAGAUGGGUCCGAAGAUUGUGAUAGGGGUGGAGGGGGAAGGGGAGAGGGAGGUCUAG